AUGGCCCUCUACAAAGCCGCGAUCGUACUUGGCACGCUGUCGGGAGCGCUCGCAGCCCCGGCGCCGGCGGCCGCUCCUGGUCCACACCCACAAAUCACGCCUGCUCCCGUCCUUUCUCAGCAGGAAUUAGAGAGACGAUUCGAUAUUGGUAGCUAUGUGGACAGUGUAAUCAGCGGCAUCGGCAGCGAUGUCUCGAGCUUCGUCGCGUCCGGUGUGCCGCAGUACUUCAAUGAUCUUCCAACUGGCACUGCAGUGGAGAGUUCUUUGGGCAUAUCUAGCAGUGAUCUCGCUGCCAAGCCGACCCAAGCGCUGAAUGUUCCGGCAUAUGCAAACUGGACAGAUCAAGGAUGGAAUGUCCGGGUCCAUGGAAACAUCUUCAAGCAGCCAGACAUCUCGGAGCAAAAGCUGAACGACCUCGCGAACGUUUUCCUGAUUGAUGUCGAUAUCAAGGAUCUCCCUCAAAACCAGCAGAACCAGGCGAGGAACAUGACCUCCGAGAUAUUCGUCGUGCAACAGGAGAACGUCGCAGUCACGGUGAACUUCGUGAAUGACGUGAGUGUUGAGCCGUCCCACGACAGCGGUGCAGUCAAUGCAGCUGGCGGAGCUCAGACAAUUCACAUGCCACACAAUACGACGGAACAGGGCGAUUUCGACGCAUUCGUCGUUCUAAAGAACACUACGGGACCGCUCGGUGCCUACAUGAUUCCAGGAGAUGUCUCAGAUCGCAUCCAGACGCUGAACAUGUACGUCGAGGGUACCAACACGGGCAAUGCCACAGCAUGGCUUGUACCCGACGAAGGAAUCACAAUUCUUUCGGACAUUGAUGAUAUUCUUCGCAUCACCAAGAUCUAUGUGCCAAAGGAAGGGCUGCUAAAUUCGUUUGCCCGUCCUUUCACGCCUUGGAUGAACAUGCCUGAGAUCUACGCCAAUUGGUCAAAAACCGUCCCCAACUUCCAUUUCCACUACCUUACAACGACUCCCGAGCAAGUCACGAAGAAUUAUAUGGACUUCAUCUAUAAGACAUAUCCACUGGGAUCUUUCGACACGAGGCCACUUAACUUCUCAGACGCCUCGGCGACUCUGUCAAUCCGGAAGUUCCUGCUAGACAAGAUCUUCCAGACGUUUCCGAAGCGGAAGUUCAUCCUCGUUGGCGACACCACCAACUCCGAUGUCAUGAAGGCUUACCCACAGCUUGUGACGGACUAUCCCGGACAAGUCCAGUGUAUCUUUCUGCGCAACACUAGCAACACUGAUUCGGAUGAUCUGUUCCCGUACGACACGUCUGGCUUCAAGAACAUACCUCAGGAGCAGUACAUGUUUUUCAAUGUUCCAGACGACCUGACGCACCUCGAUAUAGUAAACGGGCAGUGUUACAAUCAGUCCAUCAAGCAGAACGUCAGCUUUGAGACACAGGGUCCUUUUGGUCUAGGCGAUGAGAACGCGGCAGGCUCGCUGGCGCCGCCUGGCUUCCUUGGUAGCUUGGGCACGUGCAUUGGCUUGAUGUUGAUGUUGGCGGCUGCCCUCUUGUAA